AACGAAUGUCAUUCCUCUAAUAUUUUAGGUUAUGUUGUGAUUGAUUGGUUAGGGUCGUAACCUUAAAAAAUAAAUAUGCCUCAAACAGGAGCAACUAGACGCCAAAAAUUUCUCAAAUCAGAGAAGUCAAAAACAAAGCUAAAAGGCAAAAACAAGGAACUUCCAAAAGGUACAAAUGUGACCAAGACGAACUUUAAAGUAAAGAAAAUCGUGCUAAGAGAGCAGCUGAAAAAGCAUGGUGAAACAGAAGCAUUAUCUACAAGAAAGCUUAGUAUAAAGGAACUGUUGUCUCGUCUCAACCAUUUUAACACUCACUCUCGUACUGAAGCACUAAAUGGAAUAAAAGAACUCAUCGAAUUGCAUCCUGAAGUCUUGGAAACCAAUCUAGGAGAGCUAGUUCAUGGCGUAACACCCUUAGUAUUGAAUAUUGAAAAAGUUGUACGACAUGAAUCCUUGAAAACUUUACAUGUAAUACUGUCAAAAGCAAACAUUGAAAGAAUUGAUCCCUUUUUUGACAUCAUGUGUACAUAUUUAAGGAGUGCUAUGACUCACAUAGAUGGGAGAAUACAAGAGGAUUCCCUACUGUUUCUGGAUACACUACUCUUGUGUACACCUGUAAAAGUUGCACAGGACUUCCACAAAAUAAUUCCAAACUUUCUGGACAUGAUAUCAAAGUUAAGAGUUGAUUCAAAGCCUGGAAGAACACUGACUGUUAACUUGGGAAGCCAAAUAACUAGUGUGAAAUGGAGAGUCAAAGUAUUACACCGCCUCAAAGACUACCUACAGGAGUUUGUGAAAUACAACAAAAUUCAAGACUAUGGACCAGUUAUUGACACAACUAAGAUAUUUGAUGCCUCUAAAAUGAACCACUAUUCUUUAUUUAAUCCAAGUUACAUACAAAAGUGCCCAUUGUCUUGCUUCUCAUCUAAAAACCUGCAAGAAACAGUGCCAUUAGAUGAAGUGGAAAAAUUCAGAGAAUAUACUGACACUUUAAUGCCUUUGUUAUUUGAAACAUGGCUAGAAGUAUGCCCUAAUAUCAGCUCAGAGAAGAACAUUGAAACUGUAGUCAGUGAAGAUGCAGCUGCCUUGCUCAACCAUACUCUUGAUGUCAUAUCACUGAUUUGGUCACUCGUAAAGCAUUUCAACAUAAAGAGUCCUAGCUCAAACAUACAAAAUACAUUUUCUCAAAAAUACAGGAAGCCAUAUUUGCAGCAUUUUGUUAAUGCCUUCCCUUAUGUAACAAAUAUAAGGACCAAACAGAGAAAUGUGUCUAGUUCAGAAUUUGAAAACACAAUCACAGAUCCCAAAUUAGUUGCCCAGAAUUUGGUAAUAUGUGAACUGUUUAUUUUACUAAAUCCAAAUAUUAAUGUGAAAAACCAAAAUAAGGAUGUUUUGUCAGUACUGAAGUAUAUUGAGAAAACAUUUAAUAAGAACACACAAGCUGAAAUUAAUGACAUAAUCAUUAAGAUUUUACACACAAUAUUCUCAAAUGAAGUGAAUAAUUGGACCAGAAGUAUUUCAGUGAUGAAUGAUCUGUUUCAAAAGAUUGUUUGGGCAUAUUUCAACAAAGAAUUGCCUAGCUCAUUUAGGCAAAAGAUCUUUAGCCUUUUAUGUAAGAUUGCUCUCAAUGACAAACUGGGCCAUUUUCAUGAUUGUGAUGCUUACAACACUUGGGUAAAAAAUCUGCCAGAUAUUUUGCUGGAGAAGACAGUGGAGGUACAAACUGUAGACAUCAUUCACAAGUUUGCUGUUAGAAAUAACAAAACAUUCAACUCUGUUGUUAGGCCUAAGUUAUUAGAAAUUGUACAAAAUCUGCCAAACAUUAUAAUAUCUGAUGUAGACAGUAAUCAAAGUAGCUAUUACAAGUUAUUUUCACUGCUAUACUAUGUUAAAAAAUGGGAUGAUGAAACCCUAAAUUUACUUAGAGAUCAAAUAAUAAAUAGUGUAUACAAAAGUGAUUAUAAUAAUUAUAUUUUCGAAACAUUAAAAUUGAAAUCAGGUGAAAUGUAAUUAAGUCUACUUUUAUUGUUUAGGCAACAGAAAGUAGACAAUAUGUCAUGUAUAGCCACAAGUUUAUUACUUUGACGAAAUAAAAUCAAAAUGUAUAAUUAUGAUAGUCAUUUAUUUCAAUAAACUCAAACACAAAUUAUUACGCAAAAAUGUGACAGUCAACUAGUAAAUAAAUAUACAUUUUUAUGUAACGAGGUAACUAAAUUAUAGGGUAACAUCAAAUGAAUAAAAAUGCAGUAACAUUCCAUUGAAAAGGACACAAAAUGCUAGCUGCACAACCAACUAAUUUGGAAAUAUUGACAUACUGUGUUACAAUAAGUUCAAUCAACUAUUACUUUCAUAAUAAUUAUUGAAUUACAAAUUAUUUGUAAAUAAUUAUAAUGAGGAACUUUCAUAAUCUUCUGAGAAAAAGGGACAUACUAUUGUAGUGAUCUGUAAAAAUAAAUCUUUAUUCAAUAUUC